AUGGACCCACCAACGAGUUUUCUACGCUUUCCAGUCGCGCUGACAAUCUCAGGCAAAACCAGUGUCACCAUCAAUAGUCAGAGCGAUGCGAGUAAUCUGACCAAUUGUGAGACCCUACAGGGGAGCGUCACGAUUUCAUCCUCGGCCAGUGGAACCAUCACCUUGAGCAAUGUACAGGAGAUCAAGGGUUCGUUUUCGGUGGAGACCGGAUCAAGCAUCAAUACCUUGGUCCUGCCGAAGCUGGAAAAGCUGCAGGGCGCUUUGACGUUGACAAACUUGGAAUCGUUGAGAUCUCUUACUUUGAAUGACCUGUCGCAAGCGUCGUCCAUCUCCAUCACCGGGAAUUCGAACUUGAAUUACCUCAUGCUUCCACAGCUCGAGGAAGUUAACGGGGAACUGACACUUACUGGAUCCUUUUCAAGUAUAUCUUUGCCAUCGCUCGACCAAGUUAAAGGGUCCGCCACCAUCCAAGGCAGUAGUUCAAUGUCCUGCAGCGCAUUGGACAAACUAAAAUCCGACGGUGUUUUCGAGAGCUCUUAUUCAUGCUCGUCUAGUUCUUCUGGCAGCUCUCUAAGCGCAGGAGCCAAAGCUGGUAUCGCCGUCGCCGUCAUCGUGACCGUCGUACUCAUCGCCGUAAUGGUAUGGUUCUUUCUCCGGCGGCGACGACAACAAAGGGCGAAGAACACUAGAUCUGUAUCUCCGGAAUCACCGUCUUCGGAGGCCUCAGCAGAGAAGUCACUGCAGGUACAGGAGCAAGCCGAUACCGUUGGAGAACUCAAGCCGCCUUUACCUCGUAAACCUGUGGGUCCACAGGCUGCACAGCUGGAUGGCCGCUCGAUAUAUGAAGCAUCGAGCCCCAUGUCACCAGCUACAGUCUAUCAUGAAAUGGAUGCCGGGCCGGUCGUUGGAAUGCACCAACGACCAAUUCACUCAGAAGUUUGA